AGUGGGUGUAACGCUAGCACUUCUGAUCCCCGCUAGUGGGUGUAACGCUAGCACUUCUGAUCCCCGCUAGUGGGUGUAACGCUAGCACAUGUCGACAUGUUUACUGAUAUGACCGGUUUAUUCUAACGCUUGCCACUGGGCGAAUACAUUGGCACAUUCUGACGCCUGCCACUGGGCGAAUACAUUGGUAAAUUCCGACGCCUGCCAAUGGGCGAACACAUUGGAAGCGAAACCGAGGACGGGGAAACCGAGGGGAGUGACGAGUUAGAAGGCUAGCCAUUUCGAGAUUGAUCUAGAUUUUAGAAAUAAAUCAUGAUCUUGUAAACUAGAGCGUAUUUGGAGAUUUUACGAUAUCAGAGAAGUUUAAAAAUUUUAUCUUGAGAUUUUGUGGUAUCAGAUUGUAAUUUGAAUAAGUUCCGAGCCUUGUGCACUUGUGGGACCCGUCUCACGAGUGCAAGGCGUCUGUCGCGCCUCGAAUUCGGGUUUUAGGGCGUGACAGGCUGCCUGAUGUACUAUUUGUUUAUUUGAGAGAGAACAAUGUCAAAAUAUGAAUCCUCAACAAAUUCAAGCAAAACGAGAGAGAGACCUUGUGCCCUGGUUUGAACAAGCUGUAAUUAGUGAUGAGUUCAUUAAUGUCUAUGAGCAUAUCAAAGGUUUAUCUAACGAUCCAAAAAAUUAUGUUUCUUGCUAUAAUGGAUAUAUUGUCAAUGAAUUCCGAUUUCACACUGCCCUCUAUGGCAGAAAUAAGCGAACAAUGAAUUAUGAUGUCGGUGUUGUCAGAUCUAUUGGUACUGAAUCAGACUAUGAUUUUUAUGGUGUGCUUCAAGAAAUAAUUCAGAUUGAGUAUUAUGGAUCGAUCCAUCGACAAGUAGUUGUUUUAUUCAAAUGUGAUUGGUACAAGAUUCCUCCUGCUCAAGGGGUUCAAGUGGAUCAAAAACAUCGAUUGGUUGACAUUAAUCCUAGAAGAUACCUUCGAUCUUAUGAGCCUUUCAUUCUUGCUAGUUUGGCAAGGCAAGUUAAUUACACACCAUACCCAUCUAUUAAUCAUGAAAGAAGGGGAUGGAUUGCUGCACUUAAAAUUAAAGCUAGGAGUAUCAUUGAGGCUCCUGAGAAUAAAGAUGACCAACAAGAAUGAUUGACACCAUAUUUCCAAGACGAUAAGCCUCCUAUUCCUCAACAAAUAAAUAUUGAUGACAUUG